AUGCUUGAGAGAAAAACAGAACGAUCUAUUCAAAGAAGUUUGCUCGAUACUUUCGAAAUUAUUUCAAAUACUAGCUAUACUCGAGAAAGAGAGAGAUUUCCUUUUACUCUUACGUUUUCUCUUCUAGGUAAUAUUCCUGCUAAUGCUAAAUGGGCACAGAGCGGAGUGACUAUUGCUGGAGGUAACGGGUAUGGGGGUGCCACUAAUCAACUUAGCGGCCCUUGGGGUCUUUUCAUUGAUGAGCAAACAGUGAUUAUUGCUGACUCCGGGAAUCAUCGUAUCAUGCAAUGGAAGAACGGUGAUACAACGAAUGGACAGGUCGUUGCUGGUGGUAAAGGCCAAGGAAAUGGAUUAAAUCAAUUGCAUAUUCCAACUGAUGUAUUAAUUGACAAAGAGACGGAUAGUCUCAUUAUUUGUGAUCGAGAGAAUCGACGAGUUGUACGAUGGUCUCGUCGUAGUGAUACAACGCAAGGUGAAAUACUCAUCGAAAACAUCCAAUGCUGGGGAUUGGCAAUGGAUGAGCAGAGAAAUCUCUACGUUUCUGAAAUGGAAAAACAUGCAGUAAGACGAUAUCAAUUGGGUGAGAAGAAUGACACUCUCGUAGCUGGUGGUAAUGGUAUAGGUGACGGACUCAAUCAACUCAACUUUCCGGCAUAUCUAUUUGUCGAUCGACAACAGAAUGUCUACGUAUCAGACAACGGGAAUCAUCGUGUAAUGAAAUGGAAUAAAGGCGCAAAAGAAGGUAUUGUGAUUGCUGGAGGACAACGCGCAGGGAGUGCUCUGACACAAUUGUACUAUCCUAAUGGAAUUUUUGUUGAUACGUUAGGUACACUCUAUGUAGUAGACUCGUUGAAUAAUCGUGUAAUGCGUUGUACUCAAGGAGACAAGAAACAAGCCACUAUAAUUGUGGGUGGAAAUGGCGAAGGAGAAGGAGCAAAUCAGUUCAACGUUCCCCGUGGUUUGACUUUCGAUCGACAUGGUAAUCUCUAUGUCGCCGAUAUGGGUAAUAAUCGUGUUCAACGAUUUUCUGUCGAAUAA